GUGCACAACCUGUUGAGCAUCCUCGUUCAUUCCACACUCCUCCAUCCAUAAGGCGAGCGCAUAUGAUUCGUGUGGUGGAAGUGUGGAAGCAAUGGGCCUGACAAAAAAGAAAGUCCCAACAGAACGAAGAUCAAAGAGACCUUAUGCAAUGGGAAAAGUGAGCUUUCCACGCUCCUGCCUCAAUUAUCCACGCUAUGGAUCGUGGACCUGUCCCCCGGCGGGUGCGACCAAAAUUUUCACCCUCAACUCGUCGACACGCGAGAUUUCAAAACGGCCACGAUCGAUUGACAAUGCCACUAUUAUUGCAUGCACAUCUCGCUCAUCACCAAGGAUCAAUAGCCCAGCUCUCUCAGUGCCAAUAUUGAUCCAUAAAUACGACAACCAUGGGCACUCCUGCCGCUCUACAACGUCCCAAGAUCAAAGACUUGAAGAAGUCCAGCAAGACCAAGAAGGAGACGAGGAGACGGUCUACCAAGUCAUUCAAAGUCAAAGCCGAACUGGUUCCGCCACCGGUCAUUACGGACGAGAUGUCUCUGGUCAGCGAUCAUCAACAACAGCAUCGACGACAACAACAACAAACUCCGCGAGCAUUGUUAAAGCCCAGUCUGUCCACUACCGUGGAAUCGGAUACUAGCUCCGAUUGUAACGAAACUCCCUUCAAACGACCCACUCAUGAUCGCUACAUUCGAGGAGGAGGGUAUCAUUCCCACGUGUACAAGACGUACGAGCAACGGUGGAGUCCAGCUCAUGUGGACAAUGUCAUUCAAUCAUGGGACAUGACUCCCGCACAACGCGACAAAUUGAUGGAUUUGAAGGAACGCCUCCGUGAUUUGGACCAUGCCAUUCUCAAUGAUCCCCAUCAAUGUGUCUAUUUUCUGAUUGACGAAAGUGGCAAUGUCGAUUUGGCCGAGAAAUUUCUGCGCAAAACAGCCAAAGCACGCAGUACAUCUCCCUACCAAUUUGAUACCAUCGUGACGGACUAUGAAUUACCCGAUGAUUACGACUACUUUCCCAUGUGUAUCCUGCAAGGGAUGGACCGCGAGGGGGCACCCAUUUCCAUCACUCGGACGGGUGCCGCCGAUUGUUGGGGUCUAUAUCGACGCCAUGGCAAAGAGACAUUGAUUCGACAUGCCAUUUACAAUAUGGAAUUGAAUCUCCGUGGGAUUUGGCAAGACGAGUUUGAAACCAACUAUAAACGCAAGGCGACGCAAUUCACCGUCAUUUACGAUCUCCAGGGAUUGUCCAUGCGGCACAUGAGACCAGGAUUGAUUCCAACGUUGGGGACUAUUUCGCGGUUGUUGCAAGAUACCUAUCCGGAGCUUAUCAAGCGAGUCUUGAUUGUCCGAGCACCAUCCAUUUUCAAAACCAUUUGGGGGAUUGUCAAACACAUGUUUGACAAGGAACUCCGUGAUCUCAUGAUCUUUGCCACGGAAGGAGAUGAUUCCAAUCAGUUGUUAGAGCGAUUCAUUGACGUCAAUGUCUUGCCGAGUUGCAUCCAUGCGGAGGGUGCCGAUGGUCGAGUGGCGCGUGGUUUUGAGCAUGUCGUCAUGGAAGGUGGGUUGAUCCCCGACGAAGGAACUUACCAAACACCUGAUUACGUUAAAUUGGGGCGGACCAAGGCGGAAGAGGAAGACUAUCAAACCCGAGAAAGAUUGCGCAACAGUUCACGUGUCAUGAUCCAACCGAAACAGUGUAAGGCAGUGUGCAAAGGCAGUUUCGAAUUGGCAUUUCUGGCCGGCAAUCAAUGCAAGGCCAAGAUACAGUUGGACCCUUGAUGAAUGCAAUGUGGUUUACAAGAGACUUCAGGGUUCUACUGUAAGAAGAUAAUUUGUAUCUUCUGUUACUGUGGCUAUAAUGAAUGAAAGAUAGUACAAGAUCAAUCUAGCUAGAAACAAUUACAACCUU